AUGGCAGGCUUUGGAGGUCAUCUCAUCGUCCCCAAGGCGAUGAGGUUGAUACGAUUUGCCGUCGAAAAGACUGGCAGAUUGAUACGUGAUAAACUCCCCCAAGCCUCUCGACCCCUCGAGGCCCUCGAAGCAGAGGUUCAGCCCGCGUACGCCAGAGUUACUCAACGUCAACCUGUCAGUCGACUUGCUCAGAUCCGACAGACUCAGAGCCGUUGGUACAGCACCAAAUACGGCAACGGCAACCCUGCUCGCCAUUACUCUUCUCAAUCUGGUGCCAAUGGUUCAGCCUCUCGAGCACCAUCCCAUCCCCUCUCUCGAACUGCUGCUGCUGUUCGACAAUUUACCGGACGUGCCCCCUUUGCAUCGACCCUUCGACCAAAUCUUACUGGAGGCACUUUGUCUCGCAGUGCUGGAGGAUAUGGCUUGGGGAGUGGCCGCGUUGGUGGAGCAAGAUACUUCUCACACGGGCCAGCGGCACCAGCACAAGUCGUGCAGAAUGUUAGUCAGGCAGUACGAGCUUUUUGGCUAUCAGGACAGAAGGCUAGAUUCGAUGGUGCCAGUUCUCGAACGGGAGAGAAGCGAUUCCGCGCUGUAUCCAGCGUUCAGGAAGAUGCCAGAUACACCAUGGACAUGUCUCCAAUCAAUGCUCCAGGAUCGUAUAUCGACUUCAAGGUGAACCCGACCAUAACUGCCAUCGGACCCCUUGCCAGCAUCCCUCGAUCCCCCUCGACUGCCGAGUGUGAUUACGAGACCGAGCAAGACACUCUGAACAACGCAACACUCAUGUCCAACCUCUCAAUCGACUUUGCCCGAGCUUUGAAAGAUCUUGCAGCCAUCAUGAAUGACUUGAAGCAUCUCUCGACUCUUGGUGACUUGCCAAUAUCUCUUCAUAGUAGCACAACCUUGAGGGUUCGGUUCCCUGGCUGUGAUGCGGAUACCGUCGAAAGCUUGUGUCGAGAAUUGAAUAUCAAGCGUGGCAUUGUUGGACAAGAUGAAGAUUUCGAGGUCCUUAAUGGCGUUGAAAUGGCUCUCCUGUUCCCGUAUGCCCCCAGCGAGCUGGCAAGCGAGGUAUGCAAUGAGGCAGAGUACUUUGCAGCCCCUGCGAAACGCGUUAAGCGAGAUCGAGUGGAGUGGCACGAAAUGCUUUCGCCUGCUAAGCAGCCAUCAGCAGGGUUUUCACAUUUCUCCGCGACGAGUCAAUCUGCAGGAGCAUUUGAAGUCAUCGACCAUGCGUUAGGUCCCAAUCCCUGGUUAUCCUCACCUUCAGGGUAUUCCAGUCUUCACACGAGCGAGGUACAUGACCAGGAUUAUGGACGAGAUCCAAUGAUGCCCACGUUUAUGCCCGAUCAAACACAAUCAUGGAAUCGACCGGCAGGGUCCCGCAGUGGAGAGCUCUAUGAGGGGAUUGAAGGUAUUUACCGAUUCAUUGAAGAGUGUGAUCGUGCCCGAUCAUGA